AGCCCUGAGUGUUUUUUGCCGUUCUGAUGGUAAACGAUGAGACAGGCUACCAUGGAUUUCAGCACCUCGUCUGUGUUUGAUCAGCACAAAGGUGACUCAUCUGAAGAAGUCGACCUGACCAUGGUGUAUCAGGCAGCUUCGAAUGGAGAUGUCAACUCUCUGACUGCCCUGAUUCGGGAGGACCCAUCCAUCUUGGAAUGCUGUGACAGUGAAGGAUGCACGCCCUUGAUGCACGCGGUUUCAGGACGUCAAGUGGACACAGUGAAAUUGCUGCUGAAGAUGGGCGCCAACAUUAACACACAGGAUGCAUGUGGCCGUACCAGUUUAUGCCUGGCAACCUAUCUGGGCUGGCUUGAAGGCUGUGUGAGUCUGCUCAGAAACGGUGCCAAGCACAACAUCCCAGAUAAAAAUGGCCGCCUGCCCCUGCACGCUGCUACUGCAGAGCCUGAUGUGAGGCUCCUCAUAGUCCUGCUGCAGCAGUCCAGCCUCAGUGAGAUCAACCAUCAGGACACGGAGGGGAUGACACCACUCCAUUGGGCAGCUUUCCACAACCGACCUCAACACACCCAAAUGCUGUUGAAGAAGGGGGCAGACCCUACCCUUGUGGACAAGGACUUUAAAACAGCUCUCCACUGGGCAGUCCAGAGUGGAAAUAGAAUUCUGUGUUCCAUCAUUCUGAGCCAUCGACAGGGCCCGUCCAUUAUCAACUACGAUGAUGAGAGUGGAAAGACGUGUGUCCAUAUCGCUGCAGCUUCGGGUUUUGGUGACAUUAUCAAAGAUCUGGCCAAGGUCCCUGAAUGUAACCUGCAGGCUCUGGAUGUGGAUGACAGGACGCCCCUGCACUGGGCCGCAGCUGCUGGAAAGGCUGAAUGUGUCCAGUCACUGCUGAACUUGGGCAUGGACAGCAACCUGAGAGACAUUAACGAGAGCACGCCCCUGGCCUACGCCUUGUACUGUGGUCACACGGCCUGUGUCCGGCUCCUUUCCCGAGAAGGCCGAGCAGAGCCUGCUAGGCCUCUUCCUCCCCAGAACAGUCAACCCCAAAAGAAGGAAGGACGAUUCAGUGUGCUCAACCAAAUCUUCGGCAAAAACAAGAAAGAGGAGAAGGAAGCCCAUCAGAAGGACCAGAGCAGGGCCAGACCUAAGGAGGAGGACACCUCGGAAGUCAAUGACAUCAUCGCCACCUUUGACAGCGUCGUGGAUACCAACUGCCAAGAUCAACCUGGUGACCAGGUGGACAUGGUUGUCUUUAAGAAGAGGACCUCAGAGAAUUCAAAGUAUCUCUUGCCAGAAAAGAAAUCCCUAGCCCGGAAGGGGCUCCCACCAAUCAGAACACAGAGUCUCCCACCCAUCACCCUGGGCAGUAACUUCCUGACAGCCUCCCAUGGAGCCACCUCCCAUGCUGGCCUGAGCUCUGGUCCUCAGCAUACAGCCCAACGGUCUCAGAAAAGUCGAAGUGAACAGGAUUUAUUAAAUAAUAGGACUGGCUGCCAGGCGUCGCUAGAUAACCCCUGGAAAGGUGACACUAGGCAGGUGUUCUCCUGCAAGGCUUGGACCGUGUCUUCUUCUGAUAAGUUACUAGAUCGGCUGUUCGCUGGCCAGCCUGGUCACCAGGAGCUCUCUGGGCCACCACAUCUUCCUCAUCUACAUAAUCCCUCACCAGGACAAGCACUUCAGCACCUCUCCCCAAACAGACCUAAAAUCAGGGAUCUCCCCUUUACUCGGAACAGCCUUGCGCCUCUGCCGGACCAAAAAUUUCUAUCUGGAGAACCCCUGAGAAUGAACCGGGUGCUUCCAGCGAUUCCAAGCCAGAGGGGACAUAACCCACCAGCUGAAGAGAGCGAGCGGCCCCCCAGCCCCACCCAAGAUGAAAACUAACUGCAGGUCGCUCUCUGGAAAUAUAGAAGAUAUAUAUUUUUCAACUUUCCAAGGGUGAGAUUACUCUAGUUUAUAUGAGCAAAGUCUUAAUUUAGUAAGCUACGUUCUACAAGCCAUUCACAGUUUUCUAAUUCAAGGUUCCUUAUUCAAUUAAAUACAAUUAAAUUCAA